GAGAGGCCAGAGGCCCACCAACUGCACAAUACAAAGAUAGCGCUGAAUCUGAUGACUGAGGCAGAGAGACAAAAAUGUCGGCAGUGACUGCGUCUACCACGGCCACUGGACCCUCCAAGCAAAGCUGCUGCUGGAGGUCCGAAAACCCGCGGCUAAGACCCGCCAAGAAGUCCAUAGCUUUCACAAAGCUUGUCAACCACACUCCAAUUUGGUUCUCAACCAAAAGGGUGAAUCCCAUUCGAUCUCUUGACCCUCAAAAGGAUGGGAAAGAGGAUUCAAGCGCCUUCAUUUCUCAGGAGGAUUUGGCAUAUUUAUGGAAACUGGGUGCUGGAUCAGUGGUCGGUGCAGGUUUGAUCAAGUAUGGAAGCAUAGUUUUUCCAGAAAUAACAAUACCCAACAUCACAGUGGCUCUUGUUAUAAUAAUCACUCCUGUUGUUCUUGCUGUUUUGCUUUUGAUCAAUCAGAGUCGAGCAGAGGGACCAAGCUAACUACCAACCUCUACUUUCUUUCAAAUCUUGUUGGUGGAAUUGAAAGAAAUGUAUAAAUUUAUAAUGCAAUCGGAACUUCAUGCAAAAAAUUGCCCAAGUUUAUGGCUACAUUAAGGUGUUGAUUAUGUCAGUGAUGGCAUUAAUUUAUAGAGUAUGCUUUUCAUUGCAA